AUGACUGGAUUUGCCCUUAUUGUAGCAGCUACUAAUGAACUCGGCAUUGGUGUGCAUGGCGGUCUUCCUUGGAGAAUCCCUAAAGAUAUGGCCUUUUUUAAACAUGCUACUACACUUAUUCCACGCGAAUCUAAAGGCAUGUCAAAUAAUGCCGUAAUUAUGGGUCGAGUUACCUGGGAAUCCAUCCCCCAAAAGUUUCGCCCACUUCCAGACCGUUUCAACAUGGUUGUGUCUCGAAAUCUCAACUAUGAUCUUCAUACUGAGGCCGCAGUCUUGGCCGGAUCAAUGGAAGAAGCGUUCAAGGUGGUUGAAGCAAAGAAUCCCUCUCGGGUGUUUAUAAUUGGAGGUGCUCAGAUGUAUUCUAUGGGUAUUAAAAAACCUGAGUGCACUCAUAUCCUAUUGACACGCGUACUCAACAAAGUGGACUGUGAUGUCUUCUUCCCAGAGAUUGACCCAGAUCAAUAUCGUCUAGCAAACCAUGAAGAGCUAGAAGCAUACGUAGAACAGGAGGUACCAAAAGGGGUUCAAACAUACAAAGAGUACCAAUACGAGUUUCAAAUGUACGUCCGCAAU